AUGGAGUUGGAGAACUUGUUGAAGCCCCAACUCUUGAGGUCGUUGCUGUUUUCCGUCGAUUCGGAACCGAACACCUCUGCCUGUAUUCAGAUAGCUCGGUUUUGUGCCGCCUAUUAUUUAGACUAUCAGCUUUUUUUCACGAAAAAUCAGCCAUACCCAUCACUUUUUGUCUGGGGUACCAUAAAUUCAGAAGGUAAUUUUCUCGGAAGUUUUCAAAGAUUUUUAUCAGUUAGCUCGUCCAAGCUAAAAAAUUUGUUUCAUUAAUUUUUUUUAAAACUUAUUCGUUUAUCAAUUGAUCAAUUUCUGAACAGAGAUAUCACGAUGGGGAUCGAAACUGGACCGAUCGGAAGCCAGUCGCCUUCUCCCAUCAGAAUUCACUCCAGCGCUGCCUGCCAUUCUGCUCGUCCGCUGCGGACAAAUCGUGGAGGCCAUCGGCUACGUCGACAACUUCAACGACCGUCGUUCUGCCCUCGUCAUCCGUAUCCUUGCAGAUUCUAUGUAUCUGUAAGUAAGCACAGAACAAUCUAUUAUUAAUUAUUAAAGCUCUUUGACACAAUUUUUAUUUUCGACUCCUUUUGAAGAAAAAAUUCCAGGAAAACUCUGACGAAAGAGUACGUGCUGGACACCUUUGUGAAAAGCACUUUGGCACAAAUCGAAAAAACUUCUGAGGCAAAGUCGCUUGAAAACCUAGCGUUUUCGCUAUCCCAAAGUGUGGUAGAGCUGGAGGUUGUCGUCGACCAGCCUCUUCUGGCCGACUUCGAGAAUUUGUUGAUGAACGCCGCUGAACAUUGGUUCGCCCAGUUGCCACUGAGUGCAGAAACUCUUGAAGAAGUUAGAUUUUAAAUUUUUGAAUCGAGAUAUCUUAUGACUGAGACUAGGAAGACGAUUUUCAAAAAUUUGUGAAAUUUCUCUAUAAUUCAAAAAGUUACCUUUCAGAAGUUAAACUUGAAUUGAGCACCGUAAAAAUGAAUGAAGGCUUUUUUUAUUUGGAAAAAUGAUGAUUAGUUCCAUCAAGUUUUCAAAAUUAACAUUCUUCACCACUACUUUGAAAUGCCAUUUUUUUCCUACUGUAAAUCAGCAAGACAAACUGAAAAAAACUAAUUUAUAAAAAAAUUUUUUUAGACUUGGGAUGCUCCAAUAUACUGUACACCAGAGACCUCUUCAAGGAUGGCGACUGUUUGGAAGCUCCACUCGGUUCUUCACAUUUUGUUCACUUCUUUGGCCGCUUCUAACAGACUCACUCAGCAGCUCAACCUCGCUCUUGAGAUCAUUUCUUCGUCGUCCACUAGCACCGCCAGGGUAGAAAAAAUACUUUCAUUUCUUUUACAUAGAGCGAGUUUUCCCUCUUUUAUUGUUUUUGCGAAUUCGAAAGUGAUUCAGAAGUCCCUGUGCUCCGAAAUGAUCUUGCCAAGAGCGUUACUUCUCUCACUUCAGACAAGCUACAGAAAUUUAUUCAGCAAAGCACUGAUAUUCAAAUCGGUUUGCUAGUUUCUUUCUUUCAUUUGUGAAAGAAUAAAGUUGCAGAACGGCGUUGCUCUGAUGGCUGAGAAGUACAAAGGUCUACUGAAUAUGGAUACUGCGUUUCCGGAGAUUUUGCGGAACUUUACUUCAGAAGCUACAGAUUUCGAUAUGCAACACGUAUCCUCUUUCUUUGAGUACGUCCAAGAAAAAUACGCUCAAAAAGUUAGAAAGAUGAACGGCUUGAUUGAAAAGAAAACGAUAAAUUUGAGCGGUAUCUGCCGCCGCUGUCUUCAUCGACAAGAGAAGUUUGGCUGCGAAGCAUUCUGUUGUCGAAUGAAGACGUCCAUCGAGGGGUUCGCGAAGAAUUCGAAAUGGACUGGUUGCGUGGAUCGUUCCAUCCCAAACAUAAAGUAAGUUUUAUUUCUCGUUAGAGAUUUAGUAACUAAAAGCACUGAGAUCCAAAAAUUAAAUCAACGAUUUCAGGUCUCACCCAGCAAGUUCAUUUGCAUGCAGUUCAUCAAUAGCCAGUGGACGCCGCCAGGAUUUUCCACUUUGGCGAACGACGGCAUCGCUUUGAGACUCGGCUUACACCCGCAGGACAUCUGCCUUGCCAAAAGUUCAAACUUGCCAAUACCUCCAGCAUCUGCUCGCGAGUCUAUCCGUCAACCUGUCUCUCAGUUUGAAGAUGACCCGCAAGAAAGGCUGUUCUCUCCGCGGGACCUCAUCUCCGUCUACGCGCAGAAGGCUCAACGGUUAGGCCUAACGCAUCACCAAACCGUCUCAACGGCAAAGUAUAUGAGACACACGUUGAGUGAAAGACUCCGGGAGUUUUCGAAUGAGCAGGAAGACAUUCAAGCGGAACUUUCGCGAGAAUCGGCCUUUCUCAAGAAUCAGCAACGAGACUCUUCUUCGACUCCUUCCAGUGCCAGAACACAGGCGUACACUCGAAGCCUACGUGAGCAGAUCGCUGAUCUCAAUUUCAAACUGGAUCAGGUGAUGCAAAGCUUGAACGAGCCCAAACAGGAGCCUGAGGAGGACGUAUCUGAACUUGAGAGUUUGGAACUGGAGUACGAUAAAGCGCCAAUAGCACCAACAAUUUCUGCACUCCCGAUUGAAAAACUUGAUUUUUCAACUCUUUCACCUCGUCCUGACGUAGGAAAAAGGAAAACUUCUCAUUCUUCUCUUCACAUGAGCACGGCAAAGAGUUUUGUUGAGAAUAAAAAAGCCUUUGUGGAGCAUGACUGGAUGCGGUUGCUCCCGUUGGAACCGACCAGCGAUCGAAAAUUCCAGCCGAAGUUGCUGACAAGCGCCUUCAAGACUUCUUCAAAAACAACGACGUCGGCUUGGAAGGCACAGACUGACCGAGGAGUUCAAACGUCAGCGGAGAAGCGUUUCGAGCAGGACAGCGGGUUCCUUGAAGUCGUCGAGCCAAUAAGACCUGUCGGCGCCGCUUCGAUCAUGAGUCGCGAGGAGAUUCACCGUGUCCUCAAAAACGUCACUUGAACUUUUUGCCUUUGAAUAAAGUUUUUCGGGCUCCUUUGUUUGAUCACUGGUGGGCGUCAGAAACCGAUCAGAAAAGAUGACUCACAAAAUUCUUUACAAAAUUAGUUGGCCGUAAAGGACGAAAUCAUUUAAAAACGGGUUGAAAUUUCAUAUAUUUCCUGUCUUUCACAUGUUGUCCUUUUUUUCCCAUAAAAUCAUCAAAAUCUACUUUUUUUUUAGAAUAAUUAUGAUUUGAAAAAUGAACUUUUGCUUGAUACUUUUAUUUUUCAAGCUAAUACUUAUAAUAAUCUUCAGUUACUGCUGAUGGAGGAAAAAAAAAUCAUAGAAUCAUUUUAGAGCGAUUAGAUCUACUUUAUUUGAAGAUUAUGAGUAAGUGAAGUUUGAAAUCAGUGCAAAUACCGUGACUAAUGUUUUAUCAUCACCUAUCAAAAAAAAAAAAAAAUUCAUCGGUUAUUCAAUUUGAAAACUAUUAGAGCCAUUGUUUGGAAAAUUAGAUGUGUAGUUUCUCGGUUCGUUAAUUGCUUGUUGUGAAAGUACUUCACAUUCUUUUUGAUUUUACUAUCCAUUCUACUCAAAAUGUUGCCACGGCUCUAUAUCUGUUUGGGUUGUUGUGCCGCGUCGAUAAAACAAGCCUAUCAGUGCCAGUGACCAAAGACGGCAUCCACAGGAAGACGAGCCGAUAAGCGUCGACAGUCGUGUCCCUGGCCAUGUCAACAUUCGCCCUCCGCUGUUUCCUUCUACUCGUCUUCGUCUCCGCCGGUCCGCUUCUCAGAACUUGAUCGUGAAAGUAAAAGAGCCAUGCCAAAAUGUCAAAAAUAUCCCUUUUAGCAAUCUCUCGACCUUUUCAGUUACCAUAAAAAACAUUUUUUAACAUAGAAGGUAGAGGAAGGACAAACCUCUGAAUGAUUAUACAAACUCCAAAAAAUCUCAAAUAAAAAAAAUUUCCAUUAUGGAUAAACAUUUGGCUGACUCAUAAACAGAUAAAAAAACUCAAAAAAUUCGUUCACGAUUUAAAAAAGAUUUCUACUCUCCCUCUUUUGAUUAUACAUUUGAAAAUCAUUUUGUAGCGGCGGGGAUCGCGUGCCAAAGCUGCGACGCCUACGUCGGCUGCCACAAUCCGAUAGUACAGCAUUGCCAUCACCCCAUGCAGUGCUACACUGUCCGGAACAUGCACGGAGGUUUCUUCUAACAGGUACAAAAAUCCAAAUUUUAUUUCGCAGCAAUCGUGAUGAAAGGCUGCGCGCCCUCCUGCUCUCAAGUCAACGAGGCUCGCCACGCCGGCCAUACUUGCACCAGCUGCAACGUCGACAACUGCAACCGAGGUCGGCAGUUUCUUCGCUUUUUAAAAACUUCCUAUACGUAUUAUUUCAUUCCUACCGGUAUCUUAUCUUCAAAUCGAAUUCUAUCAAAUCUUAACAGAUAGGACAAGUGCGGUAAAAGAGAAAAAAGAAUUCGUGCAGACUAUAGCUUAGGAAUACUUCAUCGACAUGUAGUACAUCGAAGAGUUUCCUACUCGAAUGAGAACAUUAUUAUUGAACAGUCCCCUUUUUAAGGUUAAAAAAAAGCUAUAAACUGCUAUACUUUUCGAAAUACUUUAACUCAUAAAUCUCACAAGUUUUCAGACAUGCCUAUGCUCUAUCCCAAUCCCGGAAUCGGGGGCGGAGUCCAGCCCAACGACCCAUACAACAAUCCACAGCGACGCGGUAACACUUUUCUUACUACAAACUCCGAGUAUUUGUUCGCAGACUACGAAAUCGGUGGAGGCGUCCGACCGCGCUCUUCUACUCUUCACACAAGCUUUAUCAGUAUCCCAUUUCUGAUUUUCCUUCGAUUCUUUUUGUAA